UCCUUUUUCGCUUCUCCUCCUCUCCCUCCUCCUCUCCCCUCCUCCUCUCCCCUCCCUCCUACUUCUUUCCCCACCGCACCUCUACAAACGACACCUCCAAACCACAAGGAGUUCUUCUUCAAGUGUAGUCGUCACCCCACCACUGCCGAUGAGCAGUGCGUGGCUCUUCACAUGGUCAGGAAGAACACGGUCGGUGUGGACUGUGCAUCCUGCUUUGAACAGAGGGACACAGUAGUGGUGUUUGACUGCCCGGACAAACACACUCUCUGUCUCGACUGUUUCAUGGAGUACUGCGAGGUCCAGCUGCAGGACCGACAGUUUGAGGAACACCGCUCCGCAGGGUACACCCUCCGCUGCCCCGCCAAAUGCGAGGGUUCUGAGAUUAAAGAGAGCCAUCAUUUCAGAAUCAUGGGCCCUGAGAAGUAUGAUCGCUACCAGAGGUUUGGAACUGAGGAGUUUGUGCUGCAGAUGGGCGGAGUCCUGUGCCCCGCCCGGGGGUGUGGCAUGGGACUCCUUCCAGAAGACCCCACUGCUAGGAGAGUCCAGUGCCCUCGAGGAGAGCGGGGGAUGUGGGUUUGUGUUUUGUCGCCAUUGUAAGGAGGAGUUCACAACGGGACGUGUCAUCGAGCUCACACGGAGGAACACACAGCUCAGCCGGGCUUCCAGGUCGACCCGGAGAGACUCCAAAGAGCGAGGUGGAUUGAAGCCAGCGAGAGGUUCGUUCAGAGCAACACGAAGCAGUGUCCGAGGUGCCGAGUUCCGGUCGAAAAGAACGGGGGUUGCAUGCACAUGACCUGUAGUAUGGGGAACUGCAAGUUUGAGUGGUGUUGGAUCUGCGGUGUGGCCUGGAACAGAAACUGCCAGUCCUCACACUGGUUCGGAUAGCCUGCUCCAAUUAGAGCACACCCAGUGUGACAUAAUUGUGUAUACUAUUAACCACAGACCGACUUUUCUGGCUAUUAAUUUCGCCGUAAUAAAAAAAAUGGAGUUGGCGUGCACUUUUCAUAAUGUUAUAUAUACCAAUGCAGUAAAAGUUGUGUUUGGCUUGUUUUGUCACCAUUUUUGUAGUCACUUAUUUUGUAUUCCUAUUUUCCACUCAAAAGUUAUUAUAGGAUUUGGUAAAUAAUUAAUGAAAAGCACUAAAGUGCAAACCCUCGGCACACUCUAUAGAAAUGUGGAACCCAUACACAAGUGUGGCACCACCACAAUUGAUGCUCUUGACCAUGCAUAAAAAAGAACAGCAUGUUAUGCCAUUCAAUAGGUUGAAAAAAAAUGCCCAGCCCUAUAUCUGUUUGAGGCCCAAAAAAUUAUAUAAGGUUGAAAAAUUGCCAACCUUUCAUCUCUCUAUUAAUUUUUGUAUUACCCGUGGAUUGUUUAGUGCUAAAAAAAAGUU